CCCCGGUCUGGGCCAUAACGCUUCUGUUCAUCGGCGCGUCGGCGGGUUGGCUGCGAAGGGAAACCGGGCUGCGCAGCGAAACUUCCUGGUUCGACAGACCGCCCCAAGGACAGCUUUCGCAGCGCCUCGUCCCUUCCAGAGCCACCAAGGAUGCAUCUCGCCAACGUGCUGUGCGCGUGCGCCCUCACGCUGACCGCGGUGCUCGCGCUGGCGGAGGGGCUGAAGGACCCGGAGAGGCCCGUGGCGGUGCACAACGAGGUGGCCUCCGUGCCGCCCACGAACGGACGCCACGGCGGGAAGCGCUACGGCAGCUCCAUUCGGAACGACGUGCGGCGCUACGGCGCGGCGCCCUCGCAAAACGUGGGCAUCAGCGAAGGGCAUCGCAUCAUCACGCGCGCCCUCUGGAGAAUUUUCGACGCCCUCAUGCAGAAGAAGGACCACUCGCAGCUCUACGGGCGCAUGACCUUCGUGGAGGAGGCGCUCAAGAAGAUGAUUUCCGUCGACACGCAGCUCGAGGACGAAAUCGACAAACUCAAGGACGACUCCAGCUCGUGCAAGAUCCAGCUGGUGACGGUCAUGGAGGAGCUUUCGCGCAUCAAGAACUUGGAGUCGCGCGUGCAGGAGCUCGAGAACGAGCGCCUCGGCCUCCAGCAGCAGGGCGACCAGCAGCACGUGGAGGCUCCUAAGUCCGCCAUGCUAACGAGCGUUCCCUCCGGUUCCCCCGAAGGCGCGGGUUGGGGCGCGGCGCCGGCCUACUCCUCGUGCCCGACGCCCUUCACCAUGGUGGGCGGCGAGUGCUUCUUCCUCGCCGACGAGGAAAUGCUCGGCUGGGACGACGGCCGCAGGAAGUGCAGACGACUCGGCGGCGACCUGGCCUCCCCGAGGAACCUCGCCUCCCUCAGGAGCUUCCUCGGCUCCGUGGAAGAUCCCCCUGAAUAUCUCUGGGUUGGCGGCUCACAGCAGGACGACGGGAAAUGGGUGUGGACUUCAGGCACGCAGUCCGGCGUCCCCGUGGACAUGAGCAAGGAGACGUGGAACGAGGAAGUGCCCAGCGGGAACGGCCGUUGCAUGGGACUCUUUGGCCAGAGUUCUUACCGCGCUUACAACUACCACUGCAAGGAAAAGGAUUUCUUCGUGUGCCAAUACUACUUCUAAGAUUUCUUUUCUAUCAAUUUUAUACAAGUGGCCUCUUAUCUUCAAGCGUGCUGUUUCUUUUUUUUCGGAGUGUCAGUGCCGCCACCCGCGCCAUGUUCGGAUGGCAUUUGUCCUUUUUUUUUUUUUUUUUUUUUCUUUCUUAUAAUUUUCCCCUCUCUCUCACGUGCAUCAGGAGAGAGAGCGGGAGGAAAUAUUGUAGAAGAGGAGAUUCGUGAGCCGUUUUUCAGAGGAUUCAGUGCAUUUUUCUUGUUACCCUGACAUUAGAAUACGCAAGAUUGAUACCCAAUGUUUGUAGCAGCGUUAGCUUGGGUUGACAUGCAGGCAGGCCUCCGUUAGUUCGCGUGAAAUAGAUGUUUGUGAUUAGGCCCGAAAAGAAUGUCUUUAACUGUGCUUCUAGUGAUCUAUGUGUCACAAAAUUGCCAAUGCUACUAGAACAUGCUUUACACUGCUCUGAAAACAAAGUAGGGCUUCAUCUCAGUGAUUCGCAGUAGAGCAGUUAUACUUCAACACAUACACUCACGCACAAGCACGCACACACACAGACACAGCGGAAUGAUCGGUUAGAAUACAAGGCAAAGCACUGUGCACUGUUCACGUGUUAAAAGCAACUGGAAAUGAUCCCUCUGAAAGCAGCCAAGGGGAGCUUGUGUUUGGACGCAGCCAGAACUCGCAACAAACGCGGCUCAAAGUGACCCGCUGAACGCAGCCAAUACCUGCAGCCGCUUCGAUGAAGGUGAACGCGAGAGAACACGGCGCAUUUGCCUGAGCGCUCAGCUGACUGUAGAGCAAAGCGAGAAUGAUCCUAAGAGCUUAAUGCGACGCCUGCUUUUGGAAAAUUUGCCCAUAUAACUCCUGCCUCGCUCUCCAGUUACUCAAAUCGGUGCUAGUGCAACAGCUUCUUCAUAAACUGAAACCGCUCUUCUGCUCACGGCUCCCUGCGAAGCUCUCCCGUUGGUAAAAACGAUACAGGACACGGCACUCCGUUAUCAUUUCAUGAUUUCUUUUAUCAUUGUGAAUUUACGGUUCUGUCACUUCUCCCAUCGUCUCCGAAGUAAAAGAUCUGACUCCGUCAAUUAGCGUGAUGCUAUUCUCGGGGAAGCGCCAUCUGGUGCUGCACGACAUCGUCUGAACUGCACGCCUUCCCGACGAAAUCGGAAACCAGAUUGCAGAGGCUCGGACUUCGAGAGUUUGAAGUUAACGAAUACAUCCUUCGAAGAAUUGCCGUAUUAUUGUAGCAGUAGAUGCACCUGCGCCAAUGCCAUUAGUCGAGGACAUAGACAGAAUUACUUCUAUCCCUCCGCUGUUGGAGUGUGGCUUGCGGUGCCGUAGAGUUUAUCGUGUUUGUUCCCUCUUUACUGGUAUUAUAAUAAUUAUAAUGUUUCGUAUGUAAGUACGUUCACCAUUAAGGUCUCACUGCCAGUCAAGGUCAUUGACCCCGUUUCAAGGUCAGAGUACAAUAACGACCUCUGGUAAGUUCCCACCACUAAUGUAAAUUAAA